GAUUAAAGUAGGACAACCAUUCUGAUGGCCAUGGCUUGGCUGCUCCUGCUCUUGCUGGUUCCAGCUGCCGGGAAGACUUGCCCCAGCGGAUGUAAAUGUUCGAAGGGGCCUGGUGGUGGUGAUUGCGGCAUGACCGUGACAUGUCGAAAUCUCAUUGCUGGCUUUCCAAAAGGAGAGCAGUACCCUGAAGGCCUGGACUGCCUUUUCAUCCACAGCCCAAAGCUACGGCACUUGCCCCUGGAACAAAAGCAGGCUGGGCUGCAAGCCAUACCUCCAAGCGUUCGCCGCCUGGACCUGUCUGAAAGCCGACUGCGGCAACUUCCAGGUCGGAGCCUUCCUCGACGACUGCGAGUUUUGAAUUUGGAGUUCAAUGAGUUGGAAGAACUACCAGAAGAUGCAUUCCAAGGGCUUUCCAAGCUCAAGGUCCUUUGGCUUACUGGAAACCAUUAUCAAAUGGGCGAGAAAGGCUACAAAAAAAUGAAGGUAGCUGGAAACCGACUUCAGCAUCUUCAUCCGAAACUGUUCGAAGGGCUUUCCAGCUUGCAGGUGUUGCUUUUGCAUCACAACAAGCUGGAGAUGCUUCCGAAAGAUGUUUUUGAGGGACUGUCCAAGCUUCGAGUGUUGAAGCUGCUGGACAACCCUUUCACACCGCCACUAAGCAGGAGACAUCCCGCCUUCGAUAAACUCUUGAAAGACAAGGUGCUGCAGCAGCUAGACCUCGAAGAGGACUCGGGCGACGCCUUGGAGGACCAGUGGGAGGAAACCGCAACAUACCUAUCAGAUGACUUCUCAAUGGGUCCCUUGCCCAAAGAAAGGCCCGAAAGCGAAGACCUUUGAUAGAAAAAAGAGUGGCUGCCAGUGGUUGCAGUGACGACUUUGGGUCACAAAAUCAUUGAUGACUUGAUAAUUUAUAUUUAAUGGUCUUUGAGCCUUCAUCACGGUUAAAGAGCACAGUUGCAUUCUUUAGGAGCCGAAGCGGGAUGGCACGUCUGAGGACGUCUUGGGCCUUCAAACAGGCUCGUCGCAAGGCCCCUCUUGAAAUCUCAAGUGUCGGGGCUGGCUUUUCUAUGACAGGCAUGUGCUACUAUCAAGGUCGAAUCACAGAUGUGCAACUGCUGCCACAAGUAUUUUCAGCACAACAACACUGUUCCAACAGCCAAAGUAUUGUUUUCAGAUUGAACAACUGUACUAGUAAGUAUACGUGCUUAGUAAGUCUUUGCAACUGUAAAUCGUUCAAUCCUGGAGAGGCUUCCGGGCUGCGGCUGUUCC